UCUUGAAUAAAGAAUAAUAGAACAUACCGGGAAAAAAAAAGAGAACUAAAUCAGCUCCAACAUAAUAUUAUGUGUGACACGCCCACCCCAACAGAAAUUAGUUUUAAUGAAGAGCAGAUCGCAGACAUUGAUAUCAGACAAAACGAAGAAAAGUUGCGGAAACGAAUAACGCGUCUCAAAGUACGGGCAUACCGUGAAUCAUGUCACCAAAAAAAAAUUAUUGAAAGUCUCAAAAGGCAAAAUAGAGAUCUGAGGUCAAAUGCAUUAAAACAAAAAAUUAUGCUCCAUAAUAAAAGGACUAGGACAGAUGAAUGUACUUUGCCAGAUUUGAGUCCCAACAUAAAGGUUAACGAAAUCCUUCAAAAAGCUGGUGUCGUAGUACCCGAUUCUGUCAGAAAAGAGUUGUUGUUUGGUGAAUCUGUGAAGAAGCAGCUUGCCAAAAACUUUACGUCAUUAAAAGAUCAUGAUUUCAAACAAAUGUUUGCGAAAGUAGUGAGCGGGGAUCUUUUAAAAAAAUAUAGAGUAACAAGUAAACUAAGUAUGUCAAAAUAUUUCAGUACAUCUAAUACCCAAAGCAACCGAAAUAAAUCAGCAGGCAGAAAAUCAUGAUAUUCCAACUUACGACGCAUUUUUUAAAGUUAUUAAGAAAAAUGUAUUGAAUAUUCGUAUUGAUACUGUAGAUGAAUCAGAUAUCCUCAAAGUAGAAAAUGAAAUUAUAGAGAAUCUGGAUACUUUUAAAGGUACCAUGCAAGUCCACAAUGUAACUUGGUGCAGAGAGUAUAACGUUUUAUAUUUUAACAGUUUAACAUGUAUCUCAUGCAAUAUUGGCGAAUCAUGUAGCCACUUUAAUCUUGGGCAUAUAAAAAUGCACAAUUCGUCGACUUCUCCAAC